UGUGAGUCGUUGUGAGCUACAAAUCUUGUCUGCUGCUCUCCAAUUCUUCUGGUUGUUCAUUGUAGUUGCGACCAGCUAUUAUGUCUAAAAUCCUCGUCUUCGGAAGCGCAGGCAAGAACUUCAAACCCGCAAUCGCAAAAGCAGCCCAAAUCAACUCCUCCCCCGCAGGCCCAUUCGACGCCCUCCUCCUCCUCGGCGACGCCUUCACGCACGACACCCCCGAAAAUGACAUCGACGACCUCCUCGCCGGUCGCAUCGAGAUCGCCUUCCCGACAUACUUUUACUCGCACGACCACCUGCCGGUGAAAAUCAGAAAUGCUCUCGAAUCCAGCAAAAACGGGCAGAUCUGUCGCAACCUCAUCUGCUUCGGCGGCUCCGGCGCCCUCACCACCGACAAAGGCGUCAAGAUCGCCGCCGUCGGCCCGGGAAGCAGCAUCUUUGAGAUUGAAAAACUAAAGUCGCAAAAGAGCGUCGACAUCUUCGUCAGCGCGCACUGGCCAGAACAUAUAACCCUGCUCUCCCCCGGCGCGACCGAGGCCGUCAAGAGCGUAAAGACCGACUCGCGAAUCACCGAUCUCGUGUCCUUACUCCAGCCAAGGUACCAUUUCUCUCCGGGGAAACUGUUUUGGGAACGCGAGCCAUACCGCAAUGAGGGGUACAUCAACCUCGACGGCGGCGGAGGCGAGCGGCCUACGAAGUUCAUCUCUCUCGCACCGUUGGGAAAUCCAGAGAAAAGCAAAUGGUUCUACGCAUUCAGCGUGUCGGUGCCUUACAUCCCGCUCCCGCUACCCGACAACGCGACCGCGAACCCAUACAUCGAGGGCGCGAAAUUAAAAGCAGCGCAAAAACCCGCCGAGACUCGUCGAGAAGCCAUCGUCGAAGACGACGAAGACGAUGACGAAGAAAUGAUCUACGGCAGCGGCAGAAGAGCUUCCAAACGAAAAGCAGACGACGACGGCGACAACAAAUUCUCCCGCCGCGACACAAAGCGCCGCGGACAAAACUCGCGACCGCAGCGCAAACCAGUCGACGCCUCGUCUUGCUUCUUUUGCCUCUCGAACCCGCAGCUCGCGCAGCACUUUAUCGUCUCGAUCGGUGAGGAAAGCUAUGUGACUACCGCCAAGGGACCGCUGCCGAAACCAGAGUCGAAGGGAUUGGCGUGUCCUGGCCAUGUGCUUAUUAUACCGCUCGAACACCAGCCUACAGUCGCGUCGAUAUCCGAUCCUGGAACGCGAGAGAGAUUGCUGGCGGAGAUGAGUAAAUUCCGAGCCCGCAUCGCGGAGGCGUACGCCGAGCACGGGUACGGCGCUGUCGCGUUCGAAAUCAGUCGCGAAAGAGGUAUCCACUUCCAUAUCCAAGUGAUUCCCGUUCCGACCGAGAAACUCGACCGCGUCGAGCAGGAAUUCAGAACCGCUGCUGACGCGAACGGAUACACGAUUGAGAAGCACGAUAGCAAAGACGCGGAGUCUGAGUCUGAUGGUGAUUACUUUAAAGUCUACCUCCCCGACAACAGCAGUCUGUACGUUCCACUCUCACCCGAGACGCGGUUCGAUUUACAAUUCGGGCGGAAGGUUUUGGCUACGGUUCUGGAGCUGCCUGAUCGGGUAGACUGGCGGACGUGUGCGCAGGACGAGAAAGAAGAGGUCAAGGACGCCGAGCGGUUUAAGGAGGUGUUUAGCAAGUACGAUUUUACCAUAGAGGAGUGACGUGUACGAUAUAAUCAAGAUUAUUCUAUAGACUAGUAUACACUCAUAUCUUAGACGCUAUCAUACAACCUUUGUUCGGAAAGAAAUCACCGGAACUUUAGACACAUCAUAUCGUUUCUUGAACUUCCGAAUCGCCUUCUCCAAUCCCUCUAUCUUAUCCCAGCUCGCC